AUGCUGGUCUGGACAGGCAUUCAACCAGAGACAGAAUUUCAUUACAAGAACAAGAGUCGAAGAGAUCGUACAGCGUGGAAGAAAAGUUUGAAGGGGAGUACCAUUUUUAAAGUUGAAAAUAGCAACUUCAAAGACCCCUAUGGAUGGCUUACAUGUCUUAUUAACAGGUUUGCCAUGAAAGGAGGAUUUGAUCAUAUUAAAAAGAUUUUGGAGUCAGAAGAACUUGAUGCCCCAGCAAUUGCAGCAUUGUUGAAACCUUUGGGAGUUUGUGCAGAGUUUCUUGAUAAGGAAAUAAUGAAGUCUUUACUUACAAAUGGAAUGGAGCUUUCAAUCAAAUAUGUUCAAAAUCUUGCUGAAAAAGACUUCAAGGAAAAGAAAGUUGGCAGCGUCUCAGACCUUCUUGCGUCAAUGAAGUUAUUGUGUAUGAAUAUUUGGCCAAAUGAUGUUGAGGCUUUAGAUGACCUGAGACUGGAUAUUGCACUACGAAUGUUGAAGUCCCCACACUUUAACGCUAAAAUGAAUUCUUUGAAGGAGGUAACAAAGUUGAUUGAAGAUUCUACGAGUGCAAAGAAUCCACGUCAAAAGACUGCAAUCCCAGCCAACAAAAUUCAAGAAUGGUUAGUGGAGAAUAAAGUGCUCUCAAUUGCUCUAGAAGGAAACAUUGAUCAAGCUCAGUACUGUGAUAAGAUUAAAGGUAUCGUAGAUUUUCUUGGCACAGAUCUCUCUUCUGAUGAACUAACCAUGAUCUGGAAAAUGCAGUUAUCUCAAACCAACAAUGUAAUAGACAACAUCCACUCUAUCAUAGCUGCGGCAGCUGUCAAGUUUGAUCCUAACCAGCUAGAGCAUCUGUUACUCCUUAUACAAAAGAAAUGGCAAGAAGAAAAUGACAAAUCAAGAGAAAAACUACUCAGUCUUAUUGGCAAGAUUGGCAGGGAUGCUAAAAUACCAAAAACUACAAAUCAGGUUCUGCAGUUAUUGUGGGAUUUAUCUCACCUACCAGCAUUAUCAACUCACCUAAUAGAGCUUGCACUAGAAGAACAUUUAGCUAUUCUUAAUGACUCUUAUAUUGUUAAAGAUCAAGUGAAAAGAAGCUAUGUGUCCAAAUGUGUUGAUGAUAUUAAAAAGGGUGUUUGUGUUUUGCCAACAUUGAAACAACUUCAUCAGCUGAGCAAGAACAUUCUAAAACAUAGCUUUAAACAAGAUAAGGGAAUAUUACAUGAACUGAAUAAAAAUUUUGACAUCAUCAAACUGGUCACCCAGAGUCUUGUAAAGUGCCAUAAACAAGCUGCAAGCAGUGAUGGUCAACUUGACCAGAAUACAUUAGUGGACAGUAGAUAUCCACAUUCUGAGUAUGUGAUGUCACAUUUAUCUUUCUUGCAAUAUGUGUUACAAGAAGGUGUACUAUAUUUGCCAUGGAAUCGUGCACGGGAAAUCUGGUCUGCUCUUGUAGCUUCAAGUGAAGCUUGCACCUGGGAUAGAGAGACAUGUUAUGAGUGGUUUAGUAAAGGUUUAAUGGACCUGGAUAAUGAAACCCAAACUAAACUCUUCCAGAAUGAACUACUUAGGCUGGACCCAGCUAAAAUCAGUGAUAAAGGAUUUGUAUGUUUUAAAACUUACUUCGAGAAUGUGAACAAGAAUGAUCACAGACUGAAAGAUUCAAGUGGAAGUUUGAUUGUUGAGAAGACAGACUUAAUGGGUUUAGAUUUUCUCUGGGAACUUUGCCUCAAUACUCCAGAUGAGACAAUUGCUGAUUCAGCGAUACAACUUCUCCUCAACAUGUCAUACACUAAUCUUGCUUCAAGAAUGAAAAAGGAUCCUGUGAAUUUGCAUAAAAAGUUUAUCAAUGAAUGUCAGACAAGAUUGGAGACUGCUAUGAUAGGAGUUAGUGGUACUGCUAUUUCUCAGGCCAUUCUUAGUGCCACUAAAACCUUGACAGCUGCCGUGGUACCAGAAGUUGCCAAUAUAUCUGUUCCUUCCAAAUCAAUAAAGUUGUUGAACAUAGAGAGGUUACUGUGGAUUGCUGAGAUGUACGUACUAAACGUGGAGGAGACCCAUGUUAGUCCACGAACCAUAUUGCCACAUGGGGCCUCAUUUCAGGGAUUUCAGAUCAACCUCUUCAUCUCAUGUGAAACUCCCAAACAAGAGUUUAUGCUUGUUUGUCACAGCAACGAGACCCUGGGUAACGUUAAGGUGAAGAUUGCCAACAGAUUACGACAGAGUACAGAAAACAUACAAGUUGUUGCUCAAGAAAAACUGGUCAGCAAUGUACUGGGUAGUAACAAAGAUCAGAAACUGUUACAUCAGUUAGAUUUUGAAGACAAUCAAACAAUCCAAGUACGAAUGGUGACACCUUCCAGCACAGUUAGCACCUCUCAAUCUAAAGAGGCACCAGGUACUCCACUGUCAAAACAGACAUUUGACCUUGAGCAGGAGAAGAUGUUGCCAGGGGUGAUAAUGGCCGCCGGAGGUCAGGUGUUUGACAUGUUGUAUCAACUCUCUGAGCUGGAAGAAACUAAGAUAACAACCCGGGUGAGGAAGUUAUUGAUGCUAAUACCAACUGAUCCAGCUGUCAUUGAUGCCCUAGAUUCUGUGUCCACAAGGCUGCCAACACUUGGUUCAUCUGAUGAUCUCAGCCCCAGAUCAAGCCCCAGGAAAUCAACAACUGCCCCUAGUCCGAAACAGACCCCUCAGGAAACACUUAAAGCCCUGUUUGAUUGCUCCAGUCCAGAUAUGUCCGCAUUUAGAGUAUUAUAUAAUUUAGAGGUUUUAAGCAGCAAGUUAAUGCCCACCUCUCAGGAUAUGGGUUCUAAAGUGAGCUCACAGGCAUUUUUUGAGGACUUCCUUACUGCAGGAGGACUGUCCACUGUUGUGAAUGUGCUACAACCUGAAUCAUUGCAUCAGGACAUCAACUAUGUCACUAGACAGGGAUGCUACUCUGUUUGUUUACAGCUUGCAAGAUAUCUGUUGUGUGGUCAGACUGUAACAGGAGAUCUUGCUUUCACUCCGGCCAAAGAAGAUAACAGAUUGUCCAGUGCUGGGUCAGCGGGUGCGACAGUGGUACCUGUGACUCCACCUGUAGGCACCCCGGUGAUCACGUUAUCGCCUCUCACUGUUGAUACCCGUACUGCAGGAAGCCAUGCUGUCCAAACUAUGGGGGUGCAUGAUUUCACUGAGACGGUUUCAUGUUUUAUGAGAGUUGCAUGGGCGGCUGCAGCAGGAAAGCUCCACCUACUCAGUUCUCCUCAGCCAAUCAGAGAGAGUGCUACUGCUUACAGUUGUGGUAGGCGGAGUCGUCAAAGCAGCACUGGAUCUCAGGGUAGUACAGGUAGUGAGAGUGACUGUCAAAGUUUACAUGGGGGCGUUUGUGUCAAACAGAACUUUAUAUCCACCAAAGAUUGCAACAUUGCGAAAGAGGCCUUAGAAAUUCUCGUCACUUGCCUUCAGCUUCGCAGUGAGCUUAUUGCUGCUUUCUACACACUGCCCUGUGUAAGUGAUUUCAUCAUUGACAUAUUGGUCGGUUGCUCGCAGAGUGAUAUUCGUAGUGCAGCGGCUGACCAGUUUUACCAGCUGGGGCAGACAGAGGUGACAAACUUAGAAUCAUCGAGCAACCCGCAGACACCUCAUCAAUUCUUACUUCAAGUACUGCUGAAAGCUUACCUCCCUUUCUGGGUGUCAUCUUCAUCUACACGUGGAGCUAGUCAGAGGUUACUUAGUCAGUGUUCUCAAUACUUUGAUCUCAGAUGUAAAUUGUUAGAAAAUCUCUCAACUGUUGAUCAGAAGCAAUAUCAGGUUGAUAUAUCUGGCAUGCUGGAGGACGAGGUAGCCUGGUUAUCAAACUUUGUACCCACAGAACACCCUGACCUGAUGGACACAGACAACAUGUUAUUAGCGGGACAUCUAAAAUUGAUAAAAACAUUGUUCACAUGUGAGGGGAUCUGUAAGGAAGGAUAUGGAAAAGCAUUGGUACAUGAUUUGCUGCAUGAUUUCUUGUUCCCGGCUUCAAAAACCAUGAUGGACAGUAUGAAUGGGGGAACCACCGACCUUCUUCUCUCUGAACUGAAUCCUAAGUGCAAUAAGACAGAAUCACGGGUAGCAGCAUAUGAACUGAUCACUGAGCUAGCCAAUGAAUCUCUGAGUAAUCUAACUGAUGUCUGUAGUCAACUUAUAGAGAUGCAUCAUCAACCUAACCUUGAUUGUGCCAAUGAAUGGGAGUAUUUACCACCGGUUGAUGGUAGAGCAGUAUGUGGAUAUGUAGGUUUACGUAAUGGUGGCGCCACCUGUUAUAUGAACUCUGUGAUACAACAGUUAUUUAUGGUUCCCGGGAUACCAGAUGCUGUACUCAGUACGGAUGACGAGGACACGGAUGAAGAAAGUGUAUACUACCAGAUACAGCAAGUGUUUGGUAACUUAAUGGAUAGUAGAUUACAGUAUCAUGAACCAGAGAAAUUUUGGAAAGUGUUCAAGUUAUGGGGAGAUCCUGUUAACAUCAGGGAACAACAAGAUGCCUUUGAUUUCUUUCAAGCUCUCAUAGAUCAGAUUGAUGAACAACUUAAGAAAUCGGGUAAAGAAGAAAUCUUUAAGAAAAAGUUUCAGGGGAUUUUUACUGAUCAAAAAAUAUGCAAAGAUUGUCCGCAUAGGUAUGAGAGAGAAGAAACGUUUACAGCAUUAAACCUCACUGUGAAGAAUGCUACACUACAAGAUUCAUUAGACCAGUUUGUAAAAGGAGAAUUGUUAGAGGGGGAUAAUGCAUACUAUUGUGAAAAAUGUGGGGAAAAGAGAAAUACAAUAAAGCGUAUGCACAUCAAAUCAUUACCACCAACAUUGUGUAUUCAUUUGAAGAGAUUUGGUUAUGACUGGGAGGCAAAUAGAGCUCUCAAGUUUGAUGACUACUUCAAGUUUCCCUGGGUGUUAGACAUGGAACCAUAUACUGCUGAAGGUAUGGCAAGACGAGAUGCUGAGACAAAUAAAGAAACUGAGGAGCCGGAACAACAGGUGAUUGAUUCCCGGUCCGGGGAAACCCCACCUAUGGAAAUAACACUCAGCGUGACGCCGGAGAACAAACAGAUAAACUACGAGUUAGUAGGGGUGGUUGUACACAGUGGACAAGCUAAUGCCGGCCAUUACUACUCUUUUAUUAAAGAAAGAAGGGGUACCGUGUUAAACAACAGUAACAAGGGAAAAUGGUUCAAGUUUAAUGACACGAUUGUUGAAGAGUUUGAGAUGGGGGAUGCCGCAGUGGAAGCGGAAUGUUUUGGUGGAACAUAUAAAGCCAAAGUUUAUGAGCAGUCAAAUUCAUACCCUGAGGACCGGUUACGUUACUGGAAUGGUUAUAUGUUGUUUUAUGAAAGAAUGGAGGAGAGUAUGACCCCAUUGUCAGCAAAGAAAACAAAAAUAGUCACGAGAAAACUGUGGCCAGAUGGUGUACCGCGAGGUAGCAGUCAACGGGACAGUUUUGUAGAACUGACAGAGCUGGUACAUAAAGGUGAAAGAAAGGGCAUGUUUAUGGAUAAGAUGCCUGCAAGUAUACAGCGGUUUAUACACAGUGAAAACCUCACUUUCAUCAAAAAUAGGGAUGUCUUUAAUGAGGAGUACUUUAGAUUUGUGAAAAACUUGGUUGCUGAAAAUUCUAAUCAUAUGAAACAUGAAGACUAUAGCAACAUGUGUAUGGUUGGAUUAAGAUUGGCUGUGAAAUUCCUUUUCAAUACAUACUUUAGAACUAAAAAGAAAACAAAGUAA